GGCAGAAUUGGAGUUUACCCCACAUAAGCACCAUGAAGAUCUUGAUGCAGUCUCAUGAAAAUGUGGGUUAACCUAUUGCUGAAGCCAAAUGUUUAUUAUAGAUUAUUUUAUAUAUGUAUCGUUGGUGUUGCGUGAGUUGACCGGCUACAGCGAUCCGUGUACGCUAAUUCAAUUUGUCAAGAUGCUCAAGUUUUGAACUAUACUUUGGUUGCUGUGUUACAGCAAAGCUUGAGAUUAGAGUUUAAGUGAUUCCUUUGAUGCUGUGUAGACUUUAUUGGUUUUCGGCUUUCAGACUCAAAAAAAAAUUGAUGAAUAGCGGAAGAACACUCCCCCCUUUCAUGGCUUUUUCAACAUCAUCUUCAUCAAUAUCUCUUAUGGUGAUAGUUCGAAAGCGUUGUUGGACACUGCGGAUUUACUGAGGUUACAUGUGUUGGACGACUAUAGCGCAUUGUGAAUGAUUCUUCAAUUGUCACUUUUGGCAUCGGAACAGUAAGCUUAUCGAGAGCCAUGUACGGUGCAGAGCAUUCGUUGCAUGGAUAUCGCGUUAUCGUUGUUGCUAGGAACAUUCUUGCUCAACAACCGAACCAUGGGUUCAACAACAGAAGCGAAUUUAGGUACGAAGCGACGAUAGUACCCUGCGCUUCCUAACACGGAGCGACUCUCAUCUUUGCUCCU